AUGCUGUCAACACACAACCCAACCUCGAGCAUCCAACGACGACGUCAACUACACAGAAGACAGAACUCGCUCGAGGUUCCGAUGAUCAACACACACAUGUCUGCCUCGUCAAGACAACGUCCCUCUGGCCACCGCCGCGGACUGAGUAUCGACCAGGGCAUGACUCUCCUUUCACGACAAGAGGUAAGUAUGCCAACUAACCAACAACGACCAUCAUCACAGCAUUCAGUGCAAGAAACGCAGCAGCACAGACCAUACCAGCCGGGACUAUAUCACAUGGACCCUAACCAGCAGCACUUUUUCAGACCAGCCUUCAUGGAACAGGACAUUGCUUCUGCAGAGCAAGCAAAGCAAGCCAUCUUGAACCUUGAACAACAUAUCCAGACUGUUUACCGCACAUAUGGUUAUGUUCCUCAGACACCACUUUCUCAAUCGCAACCUCAAAUGCCCAACACUCCCAUCAUUGUUGCCACACGGCCAACAACUCCUUGCUCCAACUACCAGCAAUCCAUGUCUGGCCAUCCUGAAGGACCUCUUCUAGACGUCUCGCCUAUGCCAAACUCGGUUGCGGUCUCACCCAUGCACCCCGGCAUGUCACCAAUGCCGGUUCAGUACGCCAACGUCCCCGUUGUUCAAGUCCAGGAGCCUUACCAAGACAACAACUCCGUAUACGCAGAAUCAUUUGCUGGCGACUACUCAUGUACACCUUCGUACACAUCGUCUAUGGUCGAUCCCAGCUCACCCAUGCGCUCUCCUAUGGACGGCAAGUUCAACCCCAUGCCUACUGUUUACGAGGCUAUUUCGCCUGCUCCCAGCCACGCGACUUAUGCUCACGACUCAAUGAUGCUUCCCAGUGAAGCUGCUUCCAACAUGAGCUACUACACAGAUUCCCCUCAACGGUCAGCAGUUUCUCCUCGUGAGGCUAUGCUGCAAACUCUCGACAUUGACGCUAGUAUCGAGGACACUGGCGUCUCGCCCCAGGAAGUCCAACGCUACAUCAGCCCCCAAGAUCACUGCGAUGGCAAGUGGACUUGUCUCUUCGAGGGAUGCAACAAGAAGUUUGGUCGCAAGGAGAACAUCCGUGCCCACGUUCAGACACAUCUUGGUGAUCGUCAAUUCAAGUGCAACCACUGUGGCAAGUGCUUCGUUAGACAGCACGACCUGAAGCGUCACGCCAAAAUCCACAGUGGUGACAAGCCUCACAAGUGCCCUUGCGGCAACGGCUUUGCCAGACAAGAUGCCCUCACACGCCACCGUCAACGGGGUGUCUGCGACGGUGCCCUUCCAGGCUUCGAACGUUCGCAGGUCAGACGCGGUCGUCCUCGCAAGAACACUUACGACAUCUCUGAACGUCUUGAGAGAGCCGCUCACCAGAGGGAGAUCAACGCACGCAGGAACUCCGAAUUCACUGCCUACGCAAGCUCUUCAGCUAGCGAGGCCAGCUACCCCAGUACACCUGCCGCCAACGUCAACAACGAAUUCGAUACCGAGGACUUUGCCAAUUAUCAACAACCAGACGGCAAGUACCCCGUCGCAGAGUUGUCUCACUACACACCUCCUACGUCGCCUUUCUCAACUGGCAACACAUCACCGAAGAAGGAGUACAAAUACACUGCCGACGACCUUAGCUCUUUGCCCACAGUAGACGUCAAGGUGGCCCCUUCGUCUCCUCCUCAGCUCCCUCACAGUCCUCCGCCAAGCUCGCAAUGCCCCAGUCAACCCUUUGGUUCAAGCGACAACACAUUCAGUUUCUCCUCUGUCGACUGCAAACCUAUCAUCAUCGAAGAAAACGAAUGCCUAUCGCCUGCAGCAACAUCUUCAAGCCACAGCAUUGACGAGAAGGACGACUUCUCACCAAAUGCAACACAUGCUGCUGAGAGCGCAUUCAUGGGCUCGGAAGACAUGCUCGAGUUCAACCCUAGCAUGUACGGCGGUCCUGGCGACUCGCUGUUUAACGCUAGUCUCGAUGCAUGGCUCGAAAGUCAUUGA